ACUGACAAAUUAUAAACACAAAGUUCUUGCUUGUUUGUACCAUCUUUUCUUGGUAAAAUAUUAAGUAAUAAGUAAAAGUAAAUAGAAAAAUGGAAGAUGGGGAUUUCGAUCAACGUUUAAGGGAACUGCAGCGAGAAUACCUCGAAUUUUUGGACGAUGAAGAGGAUCAAGGCGUUUAUAUGCAAAAAGUGAAAAUAAUGAUCGGCGAAAACAGUAGACGACUUAUUGUGAACAUAAAUGACCUUAGGAGAAAAAAUCCUGAGAGAGCAAAAAAGUUGUUGGAAACUGCCUUUGAAGAGCAGAUAGCGUUCCAGAAAGCUUUAAAAGAAUACGUAUCUUCUAUAGACCCUACUUAUGCUAAGCAGCAGGAGGAGUUCUUUGUUGCUUUUGCAGGAAGUUUUGGCACAAAACAUGUUACACCUAGAAGCUUGACAUCAAGGUACCUUGGCAACCUGAUAUGUGUGGAGGGCAUAGUCACAAGGGUGUCGCUGGUGAGGCCCAAGGUGGUGCGUAGCGUUCAUUACUGUCCCGCCACCAAGAAAGUCAUGGAGAGGAAGUACACUGAUUUGACUUCCUUUGAGGCUUUCCCCACUACAGCUAUUUAUCCUACAAAGGAUGAUGAUGGAAAUCCUCUAGAAACAGAGUAUGGUUUGUCCCGUUACAAAGACCACCAAACUCUGACUCUGCAAGAGAUGCCGGAGCGCGCGCCCGCGGGGCAGCUGCCUCGCAGCGUGGACGUGGUGUGUGAUGAUGACCUGGUGGACAUGUGCAAGCCGGGGGACAGGGUGCAAGUGGUGGGCAACUACCGCUGCUUGCCCAACAAGCAGGGGAGCUUCACUGCUGGCACCUUCAGAACAAUCCUCAUAGCAAACAAUGUAACACAAAUCAACAAGGAUAUGAACUUGAAUGUCACGCUGGGAGACAUCAAGUUAUGCAAGAAUCUGGCUAAGCGGACCACUUUGGACAUGUUUGAGUUACUCAGCAAGUCACUAGCGCCGUCUAUACAUGGCCACGAUUAUAUCAAGAAGGCCAUUCUGUGUCUACUGCUGGGCGGCAUGGAGAAGAUACUGCCUAAUGGCACGAGACUUAGAGGCGACAUCAACAUUCUCCUAAUCGGCGACCCGUCCGUGGCCAAGUCCCAGCUCCUGCGCUACGUGCUGAUGACUGCGCCCCGAGCCAUCACCACUACUGGGCGAGGCUCGUCGGGCGUGGGGCUGACGGCCGCCGUCACCACGGACCCGGAGACUGGCGACCGCAGGUUAGAGGCAGGCGCGAUGGUGCUGGCAGAUAGAGGAGUAGUAUGCAUAGACGAGUUCGACAAGAUGUCGGACAUAGACCGUACCGCGAUACACGAGGUGAUGGAGCAGGGUCGCGUCACAAUCGCCAAAGCAGGCGUGCACGCGUCCCUGAACGCGCGCUGCGCGGUGUUGGCCGCUGCCAACCCUGUGUACGGCCGAUAUGACCAGUACAAAACCCCAAUGGAAAACAUCGGCCUUCAAGACUCGUUACUCUCUCGUUUCGAUCUGCUGUUUGUGAUGCUGGACAUCGCAGACGCGGACCACGACAACCUCAUUGCAGAGCACGUACUCCGGAUGCACAGAUACAGGAAUCCGAAAGAACAAGACGGAGAUGUUCUCCCAAUGGGCUCUUCAGUUGAGAUGUUGUCCACAGAAAACCCUGACAACAAUGAAGUGGAGGAUGCAAAAGAGACGAUGUACGAAAAGUACGAUCCCCUGCUGCACGGCAAAAGCCGAAGUAAAAAGGACCAGAUUCUGUCCACAAAGUUCAUGAGGAAAUACAUCCACGUAGCGCGCCUGAUGAAGCCCAAGCUGACGCAAGAAGCUUGUGACACCAUCGCGGACGAAUACGCCCGCCUCAGGAACCAGGAUAUGAUGGACAGCGAUGUAGCCAGGACGCAGCCAGUGACCGCGCGUACACUGGAGACACUCAUCCGCCUGUCGAGCGCGCACGCCAAGUGCCGCCUCGACAACCAAGUGACGCAAGAUGACGCGCUCGUAGCCAUCGAGUUGGUUCACUACGCUUACUUCAAGAAGGUGUUAACAAAGGAGAAGCGUCGCAAGCGGCGCGCGUCGUCGGGCGACGAGGCCAACGGCUCUGAUGCUGAACCUGCCCAGCCAAAACCCAAGAAGUCCAGGCGGACGGAGGGCGGCGCAACGCAGGAUCCUUACACGUUCGACUCAGAUGAGGAGGCAGAGCCCAUUCUGCGAGCGGCGCACUCCGCGCAGCCGGAGCCCUCCCAGCGGACCACCAGGUCCUCCCAGAAGCCCAUAGACCCCACCCGUCUGGCGCAGUUCAAAGACACGCUGCAGCAAAUGUUCCGAUCGGAGUGCGUCAACAACCUGCCGCUGGACCGCAUCACGGCACAACUCAACGACAAGUUCUGCCACCAGCUCUUCGACAGCGACGAGAUCCACGCGGCGCUGCAACGCAUGACCGACGACAACCAAGUCAUGAUGGCCGACGACAUGGUCUUCCUUAUCUAGAAAACCGGCCAAGUGCGAGUCAGACUCGCACACCGAGGGUUCCGUACUCGGGAUUUUUUUCCGACAUUUUGCACGAAAAAUCAAUAACAUUAUGCAUAAAAAUAAAUAAAAAUCUGUUUUAGAAUCUACAGGUAUCCAUUUCAUAUGAUAGACAGACUGACAACAAAGUGAUCCUAUAAGGUUUCCGUUUUUCCUUUUGAGGCAUGGAACCCUAAAAAGUAAUUUCAUUCAGUCAUUGUAAAUCUUGUUUUAGGUUUUAGGUAGAUAAGGUUAAAGUAUAAAUCGCCACACCACAAUCACACCUGAUGGAAAGUGAUGAUGUGGCCUAAGAUGGGACGCGUUUACUUAGAGAAGUAAAUGUUGUACAAAACCGUGUACACAAGUACUAAAUAAUUAAACUUAUCAAUUUAAGAAUGAUAAUAAUCUUUUUUUCGAUCCGAUUUUUGUUUCGAUCGAAAUGUGCCUCGAGAGUCAAGCUUGUUUGUGAUAAAAUCUCAUGUUUACAAAGCCAUAGAAUGUAACAAUCUUGAAUAAUAAAGUGAUUUUUAG